GAAAACCAUUAACGGGACGACAGAACAGCUUGCCUACCGAAAUGAAGGCAUUUAUUGUGCUCUGCAGUGUAAUUUCCAUAGUUUAUUGCAAAACUUUGGGCACGCACUCUGCCCUCCACAGAUCCGGUCAGCGAUGCGUUAACAUGUGGGAUGAAGGCUGCAUCAAUGGACAACUAAACGGUGCUGGGAAUGAUGACGACUACCUGAAUGGUGGUUUCAACCCUGGUAAACGAUGCGUCAACAUGUGGGACGAAGGAUGUAUCAAUGGACAACUUAAUGGAGCUGGCAAUGACGAUAACUAUCUAAACGGCGGCUUCAACCCCGGCAAGCGAUGUGUCAACAUGUGGGACGAAGGAUGCAUCAAUGGACAACUUAAUGGUGCUGGCAAUGAUGACAACUAUUUGAACGGCGGCUUCAACCCUGGCAAGCGAUGUGUCAACAUGUGGGACGAAGGGUGCAUCAAUGGACAACUUAAUGGAGCCGGCAACGACGACGAUUACCUGAAUGGCGGUUUUAAUCCUGGCAAAAGAUCUUUGCACAGUCUGCUAGAAAAGCUGAAGAAAUCCGGACACCACGUAUAAGUUCCUAAAACACAUUGCUCGCUAGUAUUUUCUUAGUUUUGUACUUAUUUUGAUUAUUUUAUUAGUGUCGUUUUAUUUUAUUUGUUCUUUAGAGGCUUAUGGUCAAGGGUUAACUCCUCUCAUCACUUGUAAUAAUAAUUUAUUUAUGCUUCAAUAAACUGUAUUACAAAAUCA